AUUAUUAGCGGGGAGCGGGAGAUGUGAAUUUGACAAUUUGUAUAUUGAGAGUUUAAUGAAACAAAUCAUGACUUUAUGGUUAAUUAAGAUAAAAUAAAGGGUUAGGAUUUGGUGUCAUAAUUUUUUUUUUUGACGGACAUAAUUUUUUUUGAAACCAAUUGAUUAUAUAUUUGAAUUAAAUAAUAAUCGAUCGUCUUCGUCCCCCUCUCUCUCUCUCUCUCAAUUAUUUCUCUUUCUCUACACCCACUCUAAUUUAAGAGUGAAUCCUAAAGAUCAAAUAACAUCAUAACAAUUUCAUCAACAAGAUAUGGCACCAACUUUGUUCUCCUUAGUCUUCUUCUUCUGCAUUUUCGUAACCUUAACACAUUUUCCCUUCAUUGCCGCUAAUUCUGAAGGGGCUGCUCUCAUCGCCCUCAAGCAGAGCCUCACCGACCCCAAUAAUGUCUUUCAAAGUUGGGAUCCCACCCUUGUUGAUCCAUGCACUUGGUAUCAUGUAGUGUGACAACAACCGUGUAACUCGAGUGUACUUGAUCCUUAUUUUUCUCUCUAAUAUUAAAAAUAUAUAUAUGGCUUCACUCAAAGAUGCUUUCACGAAAUUAAUUAUGUUCUUCCUUGUUUAAUUUUGUGUGCAUGAGAUUAUUCUUGCUAGUUUAAGUAUAUGAUAUAUCCUUUCAAAAAAAAAAGUAUAUGAUAUAUGCUUUUUUUCAGGGAACUUGGAAAUAAUAAUCUAACUGGACAUUUGGUGCCCGAACUUGGGAAUUUACAAUCUCUAAAAUAUCUUGAGUUGUACAGAAACAACCUUCAAGGAACUAUUCCUCCCGAGCUUGGAAAGCUAAAGAGUCUAAUUGCCUUGGACUUGUAUGAAAACAACUUAUCAGGCAACAUCCCACCUUCAUUGGGGAACUUGAAGAAUGCUAGAUUCAUACGACUUAAUAACAAUCAUCUAACCGGCCAUGUUCCUGAAUCGCUUAAGCAUCUUCCAAAUCUUGCAGUUUUGGAUGUUUCCCACAAUAACUUAACCAAUUCCUACUACUGAGACAUUUAUGCAUAACCAUCGUUUGGAAGGUCCAGAGACGUCGAGAAUAAUAAAUAAAAUUAAAGUGUAAUAGGCAAUGGUAAAUGCAAUAUUUCUUGUAUGUAAUUGAGAAUUUCAAUGGUUGAACCAAAUUAUUUUCCUGUA